CCUCGCGACGCAACAAUCGUUAGGCCUCGUCUCCCUCCCCCUAUCCACCAGUAUCAUUGAUUAGCUCACCUCUUAGCGGCCACGAUGUUCUCUUGUAGCCUGAUCCGGUCCGUGAUUGGGAACCCUGGGGGUUACGCCCCGUCCUUUUGCAAGACUGAUACUGCGUCGCGGUUGGUCUCAGCAAGCAAGCAACAUGGGCGAGGAGCAUCUCAUCGUACUCUAAAUGGGUGUAGAAGGUGGAUUUCAGUCUACGGCUAUACACAGUCCAAGGCGCUUGUCUACUCACGGUACGGAGAGCCGAAAGACGUUCUGCAGCUUCACAAGCACUCCAUUUCCCCCCCUCAUGGCACUCAGGUCAAUCUUCGCCUUCUUGCUGCGCCCCUAAAUCCCGCCGAUGUGAACCAGAUUCAGGGCGUAUACCCGAGCAAGCCACCCUUUCAAACGACUCUCGGCACACGGGAACCAUCCGCUGUCGCCGGAAAUGAAGGCGCUUUUGAAGUCAUUGCCACGGGCUCUGGCGCUAAAAAUCUCAGCAAGGGUGACUGGGUUGUCAUGAAGCAGACUGGGCAGGGCACCUGGCGCACGCACGCUCAGAUGGACGAGUCACAGUUGAUUAAGAUUGAGAACAAAGAGGGGCUGACCCCGCUUCAGAUCAGCACUGUUAGCGUCAAUCCAGUAACGGCUUACCGCAUGAUUAAAGACUUCUGCAACUGGGACUGGAUGCGUGCAGGAGAGGAGUGGUUGAUCCAGAACGGGGCAAACAGUGGUGUUGGACGCGCUACUAUCCAACUUGCGCGGGAGUGGGGUAUCAAGACAAUCAAUGUUGUUCGGGAACGGAAGACUUCGGAAGAGACGGAAGCUCUGAAGAGGGAACUCCGAGAUUUAGGUGCAACCGCGGUGGUUACGGAGGCCGAGUUGCUAUCGGGCGAAUUCAGAAGCACUGUGCAUGAGCUCACGCGCAAAGGGAAGGAGCCCAUUCGACUGGCUUUGAAUUGUGUGGGCGGGAAGAGUGCCACAGCACUGGCCAAAACACUUGCACCGGGCUCGCAUCUGGUCACCUACGGCGCCAUGUCGAAGCAGCCGGUUUCCUUGCCGUCAGGACUGUUGAUCUUCAAGAACCUCGUCUUCGAUGGCUUCUGGGUUAGCAAGUGGGGGGAUAAGAAUCCACAACUCAAGGAGAAUACCAUCAAUGAUGUAUUGCAGUUGACACGGUCUGGUAGAUUCAAGGAUAUUCCCGUCGAGGAGCUGAAAUGGAGCUGGGAUACGGAUGGCUCGGAGCUUGUAGCCGGUGUGCAGGAAACCCUUAGCGGUUACCGGGGCGGCAAGGGCCUGCUGAAGUACGAGAGCCAGGAUUGAACGGGCUUGAGACUAGACUUCCGGUUCAUACGUUUCGAGAAGUCCACGCCUGUACAGAACACUCCCAGAAAGACUAUUAAAACCUUGGUUGAUGACUAGCUAUUACCUUUUUGCCUAUAAUACUCCUCGCCAUUUGAAGGAACAACUUAGCAUCUAUCUAAACUUCGACCAGCUCCAUCUGCAGUGCGCGAGAGACCAAACAAUUCGUCUAGAAAAAGACUCGAGCCCAGUGGCCCCCAUCAGGCGAUCCACAUAAUUGUACC